AUGAUAGCAAUUAUAAAAAGUCGCCCUGAGCAACAAAGUGUGUCGGCCAAAAGAUAUGGACCAAAAUAUCCACAACCCCCGAAAGGAUUCAAGAUACCUCGGCCUAUACCACAGGUUGAACCGAUCCACGAUGGGAAAGGGGGUAAGGGCCAGAGUGUUUGGGAAGUGUUGUAUAAUGCGGAAAGGGAAAAAGAUGCGCAUAUGCGUCAUGGGGAGCACAAUGAAACUGAUUGUAUUGCUGAUUAA